AGUGUAAGUUAGAACCUUGAAGUGAACAGUGAAGUGAAUGCGAAAAUAGAGCCGUCGUUUUAAUUGUAACUGACAUGUAUCCGACGCGUGAAGAAUUUACUGAAUUAAUUUAUUAUAUAUCCGAAUUAAAACAUCAAUAUUCAAGCAAGAUCGAUGAGCAAUCAAUUAAAAUCAAUGAACAAAGUGGGGUGAUUGAGGAACUGUUAUGGCAAAUCCGUGAAUUGAGUGACAAACUUCGUCAAAUGAAUCAAAAAGUCACAGACAUUGAGAAGAUUCUUGCCGAUGGUCAGAAAAUGAAAGGCGAGAAAAGUUGUGUAUGUCGUUAUGAAAAUCAUAUACCAGGAAAACUCCGACACAAUCACUCAAUCUUCAGCCGUCAGGCAUGUGUGUCAGGAAAAAGAAGUAGUUCAACAAGAUUUGCAAAAAAUGAUAGGACGGUUGAUGAUGAUGACGAUGACGACGAAAAUGAUGUUUACGAGACAAUUGAAUUUAGCGAUUCGUCGUCAAAUUUGUAUACGGAACCGGUACGGAAUUAUGGAACACUUCGGAAGUCAAACAUCAAAACGUCACCAAAACAAUUGACUAAUAAAAAAGGGAAAAGUUUAAAAAAAUCUGCUGCUUCUCGAAAUCUACAGAAAUGUAUGCCAAUUGAAGAUAUGACAAAGGUCAAGGACGAGAACGACCCAAAUGUAGUAUUACGAGUGAAAUCAGAAAAUCCAACGUCCUUGAAAGUUGCAGAAUACAACAACAAACCAGCAAUGGGUUUGAUAUCAGGCAACGAAGUGCAAUUUACUCAAGCAGAAAACACGGACAGUUUUACCCAACAACGCGAUGUUUCCGGUAUUUUAAUCAAUUUCGAAUGUUUAAAUUCAAGGCUAAGAAAUGAUUUUGAUAGCAGAGUUUCAUAUUAAAUAGCUUAAAAUUUAAAUGCAGCCAAAUUUCUCUUUCAUAAUCAAGAGUUUGUGUUUCUUUUAAAAUUCAGUCUUUGAUCUUAUUGAUUUCAACUAUCAUUAUUUACCAUCACAAGAUAACAUUUAGGAACACAUUUAUGAACUGUUUAUAUUUAAUUAUUCCUGUAUUUACUAUCAAUAAAUCUCACUUUUCGGAUAAUUGAAGUCAAUGAUAUUUUUCUUAAUGUUUACGUACGUU